AUGGUUAGCAAAAACAAUACAAAUAAACCAACGCGUAAUUUAGCAAAAGAAGGUCGCAUUAAAAAACGGAAUCUCAGUUCAAUUUUACAUAAAAAUGGUAAAAUAAGAUCUAGUGAAUUAGUUAUACACGGAAAAGAGUUAUCAAAAAAGAAGCAGAAAAAAUUAGAACGACAAAUAAAAUUUGAAAAUGAGACGAUAACGGUAAAGUCUAUUUACAAAUCGGAAGAUAAGAGUAAAGAUAAAAAUGUAAAUAUUGAUAUGGAAAUGGAUAUUAUAUCAUUUGGAAGCGGGACAACACUGGGAGCUCCCCAAUAA